ACUUUCUACCCCCAGAGUGAAGGAUGGGGUGUACAUCUUCUAAAACCGUUGCUCCAGAGGAAUCGUCUACUAAAUCUGAAAAAGUGAUACGCUCAGCCAUCUUGAUACAGAAAUGGUAUCGUCGCUAUAUGGCACGCCUGGAGAUGCGACGACGAUGUACUUGGAAUAUAUUUCAGUCCAUUGAGUAUUCGGGAGAACAGAACCAGCUCAAGCUGUACAACUUUUUCACAGACAUGUUGAAACAGAUGACUCCAGAUGGGACUGGUCAGCCGAAAAUUCUGCGGGCUUUGUCAGACAGCAGCAGGCGUCCAAUUAACUGUGAUGUCCGAACUUUGGAAGCAGAAGAUGCCGGCCUCCUCCUUCUGAGUAAUCCCGAUGAUAUUGAGGUCGGGUCACAUUAUAAUGGCAUACAUCUCACGUUUCCUCUUAACCAAUCACAACUCCAGGAUCUUAUACAGUCUUUCAAAACAAAAAAGUGUCUACAUGCCAAAUACUUGUUACAACUUCUUCAUGAAACUCGAGCCGCGCUCAAGCAGAAGAGCAACAUCAAUCAUGCGACCAUUUCCAUCUCCAAACAAAUUACCGUGUGUGGUGACCUCCAUGGCAAACUUGACGACCUUUACAUGGUCUUUCAUAAGAAUGGUCUGCCUUCAGUUGACAAUCCAUAUAUCUUCAAUGGAGACUUCGUAGACAGGGGGAAUAACUCUGUAGAGAUAUCUGUGAUACUUUUUACAUGUUUUUUGUUAAAUCCUAAUGAGGUGUAUAUAAAUCGUGGUAACCACGAGGACCACAUCAUGAACAUACGGUACGGGUUUGUAAAAGAAGUAAACAAGAAGUACUCAGCCCAUGCCAAUUGCAUCCUUAGACUCUUUGAAGACCUGUUCAGUUGGUUGCCUCUGGCGACCAUUAUUGACGACAAGGUACUGGUGGUCCAUGGUGGCUUCUCUAAUACAACAGAUCUGGAUGUCAUAGCAAAGAUUGACCGACACAAGUUUCUGUCAACAUUACAUCCAUCCCGGGGUUUUGAUGAUGAAAAUCUGACAGAAGUUGAAUUGCAGGAAUGGAAACAGGUCCUUGAUCUUCUUUGGAGUGAUCCUCGAAUGCAAGAUGGCUGCCUCCCCAACACAUUCCGAGGAGGAGGAAGUUACUUUGGUCCUGAUGUUACGACAAUGAUCCUAAACAAACACAACUUACAACGACUCAUUCGAUCUCACGAGUGUAAGGUGGAGGGAUACGAAUAUACUCACAAUGAUAAGGUUCUGACAAUAUUCUCUGCCUCUAACUACUAUGAGGUUGGCAGCAACAAAGGUGCUUACAUCAAAAUGACCGGCCCUGACCUCUCUUGUCACAUUGUCCAGUAUAUGGUCAACAAACAGUCCACCAAACGCAAAAUUACCUUUACCAAAAGGAUCAGCCAGGUAGAAAAAAUAGCCAUGAGGGAUCUCAAGAGGAAGAUUCUGGGCUGUCAGACCGAACUAAUGACUCACUUCAAAGCACAUGACUCUGAGAAUAAAGGUAUUAUCUCGGUGAUAGAGUGGUGUAAUGUACUGGAGGGAAUCAUGCAGAUGGAGCUGCCCUGGAGGACGAUGCGACCUCACCUGGCCAAGUGUGAUGUGAAUGGUGCCGUUCUUUAUGGCACAACAUUCAGUGAUAUGAAGCUAUAUCAUGGCUUUACUGAGAGUGGACACAGCAUCACAGAGCUCCUGUACAGAAACAAGGAUAGUCUGGAGACCAUCUUCAGGAUCUUUGACAAAGACAAUUCAGGUACCAUCUCGAUGGAAGAGUUUGAGGAGGCUCUUGAUGUUAUGAUAAACACCCAGGAAAUAUCUGUAUCACGAGACCAAGUCAAAGACAUUGCACAUAGUCUCGACUUGAAUAAUGAUGGAUUCAUUGACUUUAAUGAGUUUUUGGAAGCUUUUAGGAUUGUUGAUCCAUAUGGGAAGGAAACACGUAAAAGUUUAUCAGGUAACUCGGAAACUGACUCCUUAGGGACGGAUGACAAUGAACUGUGUACACCUGGCAAGAAAGCCGACGAACUAAGGUCACGCAAAAUAUCUAAACUUCAUAAUAUUGAGGAAAUGGAGAUAUCAGAGGCAUGACAUAAAUGACAUUUAGAGAAAUCAAAAUCUCUGAUUCAUUAUCUUCAAAUGAGUGAUAUCAAAGAAAAAGAAUUUUUUGAUGCGUUAUUCCCCGAGAUGUAACCCUGAUAUCAAUGAAAUGGAGAUAUCUGAAUAAUAUUAGGGAUGUAGACCAUUAUCAUCUCUGAAGCAAGUUUCAAAGUGUAGGCGGAUAUCAUUGAAGUAGAGAUCUGUGAUUGAAAUCUCUAAGGUGCAGUUGGAUAUCAAGGAAAUGGAGAUCUCUGAAGCAAGAAAUGGAGAUCUCACAAACAAAAAGUGGAGAUCUCUUGAGCAAGAAAUGGAGAUGCCUGAAGAGUAAUAUCUUUCAUGUGAAUAACUCCAGGCUUUAAUGCAAGAUACGGUAGGAUGUGAUUUCCUAUGUGUUAAUUUUGUGACAUCUAGGAAAUUGGCAAUCUUCAAAGUUUAACUCUUAAUGCUCCAGAACUGAAGUUUUCCUUAAGUCUGAGAGUUUUUUUUCUUAAUCAAUUAUUUAAAAUAUUUUUUAUACCUAAAUGGAAGUAAAGUAUCAUCUAUUUAUCAUUUAAACCGUCAUCAUUUUUGUACAAAUUAAAUGUUUUUAUU